GACAAUCUCUAUCCGGUCCGGAAUUCUCCGUGAACAGUGCUCCGGUUCUACCGUCAUUAUUGAUUCAGCCGAAGAAGGAUGAGGGCGUCUAAAAUAUACGUUCUUCUUUGGACUUCUAUAAUAUCCUCCUCAAUCCAGGCUUCCUCAAACUCGGACCAGGAUGUAUUGUCCUCACCUAAACAACCAUACUGCCGUUCCCAAGCAGGCGUACAUAAGACGGCAUUGAAGUUCCAGCUUUCUGCUUAUGCAUGGUGUUUUUCCUAUAUUUUCUUUAUUAAGUACAGACCUUUGGUAAAUACAACUGGUAGUCAUCCCUCGAUACUCUUUAUUUACAACGGCCGAAUUAGACGGAUCCAGUCACUUAACUACAGAAAUCAAACUGUAAAGUCGGACGUCUGCUCAACAUUGACCCCAGAUGAAUGUCACCAAUGGACCUCCUGCUGUUCUGCUGCAGACAGUUGUUGUCAAAGACAACGGUCACUUCCAGCGGAAGUCAAUAACACCUGUGGGCGGAUCUGGGAUGGAUGGAGCUGUUGGGAUGACGCGGUACCAGGAACAACAAAUUACGUCACGUGUCCUCUCUUUAUGCCCUACUUUUCACCUUCAAGACAUGCUGUGAAGACCUGUACAGAGCGGAGUGGGUGGAUACCGAAGACGAACUACAAUCCCUGUGUAGAUAAACAGGGGCUGGAAUCCACCCUUUUUCUGGGACUAGGCUGCAGCAUCACGAGCGUGCUAUUUCUGGUACCCGCUGUCUUUAUAUUCAUAAGAUACAGGUCGUUAUGGAGACAAAACAGAGUGCGCGUACACCUGAACUUCUUUAUGGCACUUAUUACGCAGGAAGUUGUCUCUGGAUUAUGGGAUAUGCUAAUUACUUACGAUAAGGUGAAAAGUUCCGAGGUGUUCCAAACAGUAAUGAUGGCGAACGGAGUAUGGUGUAAGCUGCUGUCUUUCCUGAAGAUUUACUUUAAGGGUUGUAGCUAUACCUGGAUGCUCUGCGAAGGAAUCUUCCUCCACAGAUUGAUGUCUAAUGCCUUCGCUCCUCCCAGAUCCCUCCUCCUGAUCUACGUCAUAGGAUGGGCGGUACCCUUACUUUUUUCCGGAGUGUAUGCUCUUCUCCGGAUUAUUUAUAGCGACCAAAGUUGCUGGGCAUAUUCCUAUAACAAUACAGAGUGGCUGUUUGACGCCCCUAACUUAAUAUGCCUCGUGGUUAAUUUGAUUGUUCUUGGGAAUAUUCUCCGGAUAUUACUCACUCAGGUUCAAUCGCACCCUAACGAGCCAGGGAAUUUUAGGCGAGCUGUGAAGGCCACCUUUGUCCUGGUGCCGCUGUUCGGGAUCCAGUUGUUUGUUACUUUGUACCGUGUCCCGGUCAGUCAGGAGGGGGGAAUAGAGUACGAAAGAUUCGCCAUAGUCGUAGAUCAUUCACAGGGCGUGUUUGUAGCCAUCGUGUUCUGUUACAUGAACGGAGAGGUUAUAUCUAAUCUGAAGAAGUCGUGGAGGCGGCGAUUGAGCGACAGGAACUUCCGGUCCACGAGAAGGCUGACGAUUUCAACCAAUCAGACUGUAUCAUCUCAAGCGGAAUGUGACAUGGCUGGACAAGAUGUGAUCCCAGAGAGCUGCCUGACUUCUGGCGAGGAAACAAGAAAUGUUGGAGGAGAUGAACCCAUGGAAAAUGACCGAGUACUACUUGGAGUGAAUGAAGGAAGAAAAGUCUCUUUUGCAAACUUUCCCGCACUUCUGACGUGAUGGAUGCGGUUCAUGAUUGAUCAAUGUGUGUCGUGUGAAACACGUAAUUAAAAAUUGUUAAUCGGACUCAAAAGUAUCGAUUUUCAUUCUACAGACAAGUCGAACUAAACUGAUGCCUAUUUUUUUGCCUUUAAUGAAGUUGUAAUUACUUUGCACUUGCAAAAUAUUGAUGCUGAACAUAGAUCUGGAACACAGUGGAGGGAGCGUCACUUUACAAGUUCAUCAGCUGAGACCAAGAAAAGACAAAUGGAAUAUCGAAUCAAGAAGUUAAAAAAACAACUUUAAUUUCAAGGAG